AUGGGGCCCAUCAGCCUGGGCUUCAUAGAAGCCCGAGACUUGAGUGAGAGCAUGAUGGAGCAGCUCUGUCAGGACUUCCAGGACCCUGAGCAGAGGGAGGAACUCCGACAGGCUCUAUUUAAGAUGAGUAAGGCUAAUUUACAGAACUGUUAUGAGAAAGUGAAUGGACUGGCAGAUCAUGUCCAAGAGCUACAGCAACCCUUCAACUAUUGCAUUAAAGGUCUAGUGGACAGCACACAGAUAGACCUAAAACAGCUGAUGGAAAAUAUAGAGUACACUUUUGAGCUGCUCGUGCAAAAGGCUCUGGAGGAUCCAUCGGUCAGCCUUUCGAUGGCUAUGCAAAAGGCUUCAAACAGGGUUCUGAAGCAAUUUGAUUAUGACAGCAGCACAGUGAGGAAGAGGAUCUUGCAGGAGGCUUUGAUCAACAUCACUCUACCCAGCAUCAAGAAGCAUCUGGCCCCAUCCUUCAAAGAGGAGCUACCCAAAUUUGAGCAAUACAUAUUUUCUGAUUAUUCAAACUUCAUCAAUGUGGAAAACGUGUAUGAGGACAUAAUCCAUCAGAUACUGGAAAAAGACGUCAGCAUAG